CAAACACCAACCUAACAUUCCUUUCGCGCGAAGUCUUUUCUUCCGCCCCCAUCUUAUCUCUAAAUCUGACAAUCCUCGAUUCUUCCACUCUCAUAUCUACGCGUUUGUCCAGCAUCUUUUUGUGAGUUGCUCGAGGCAGUCCCGGGAUAUGCAUGGCUGAAUCGAUGCCACAAUGUCUGCCACCUCAUGCCUCCUCCCAAUAAGCCCCAGAACUCGCCAGAUCCGCCAUUGCACCUAUUACAGAGACUGGAUAAGUGUUUGCCCGCCGGUUCCAAGUCGAUGCGUGCCUCAGAACCCCUCCUUUCUAAUGCCUCCCUCCGACGAAUCGCCUCCUCCAGUCGUGCUCGCCCGGCUGCGACGUCUAUAGCAGAUAUCUUCGUUCGAUCCUUGGUGGUGGCAGGCUAUUGCCAUGAACACUCCCCACGAGGCAGAGGCUUGACAACGCUGUCAGCUAAGCCCAUGAAGGGUAAUAUGGGGAAAUGGGAGGAUAGGGGCAUGGCAGGAGCUUCGAAACGGGUAUCAUCCAGGAAUCGACCGGAUUACCUGGGAACACCGGGGGAGCGUUUAGGAGUGCAUCGCCAAAGAACGCAGCGAAUGUUCAACUCUAGCGUUGCACAGAGGGUGGAGACUUACGAUUGCGACGACCGCCGGAUAGAAUGUCCACCGGAGGAUGCUUCCCACCAAACGCGUAACCAAGAUGUGGGAUCCAAUUAUAUUAGGAAUUUCAAGGGGAUUCAGCCGAAACAGCAUGGAAGUAUAGGUAUGGAUGGAAGGACGGACAAAUCUUUUAUCUCUGAUGGGCAGAAAACUUUUAUGACUCGCACUAUCGGACAUAAUAAGGUCGAUUCCAAGAAAAAUCCACAAAGGGAGAUUGAGAGAUACCGCCAUUAUACGAACCCAGACGCAGAAUUAUAUCCACGGACGUCGAAGAUUUAUCGAGAAGCCCUCAAAAACUCUUUGGAUUGGAAGGAAGCGUCGGAUAAUGCUGCAGCGCCUCAACAAUUAUCCCCGGAAAUCCAGAACCGGAGAAGUGCUCUGCAGAUCAAAUCGGUCCGGAGAUUUGUAGAUGCCCUGUGGAAUAAGAACAAAUCAAACCACUUUCUCUUUGGGCUAUACAGGGAUAUCCCGUACCCGGGAAUAAUACACCUUUCGCAUCGCAGCCGAACCGAACUUUUGUACCGAUUUGCGCAUCCUCGUGACCGCCGUUGGGUUGAUGCUCGUCGCUUUUUAGCAUUAGUGGAAGACAUGUUCGCUGCAGGCCUCCCUGUCUCUCGAUGGCUCUGGAGCACAGCCAUUCACCUCGCGGGUCGAGCCAUGGGCAAGACGUCUAAACAAGAUUUGUUACGGGCAAUUGGUCUCUGGCAACAAAUGGAGCACCUGGGAGGAAUCAAAUCGGAUGCCGUGGUCUUUACUAUCCUUUUCGAUAUAUCGAUUAAGGCAGGACAGUACACCGUUGCCGAACGUCUGAUGCAGGAAAUGCGCAAACGCAACAUCCAAUUCGCUCGCUUUGGGAAGGUUUCCCAAAUGUACUAUUACGGGUUGCUGCGGGACCCUGAUAGCAUCCGUAGGACCUUCGAUGAGUUUGUCGGUGCUGGAGAGAUUGUCGACACUGCGGUGCUGAACUGUUUAAUGGCAUCCUUUCUCCGCACUGGAGAGGUAGGAACGGCGGAACAGAUGUACCAGCGUAUGGUGGAAUCAAAGUUUCCCACCCAACAGACCCGGGGACCUAGCGAUAAAGCCACGCAUCUUGCUGGCCCGGGACUUACAUCGGAGCUCGUUGAAUACAGGAAACGAUCCAAAAAACUAAGUCGCCUCCUUCAGUCCUCUGCAUCUUUAAAGAACAGCCUUCCAGACCACCAUCGUGCUCUUCAAGAAGCUCUCUCCAUCGCCCCUGAUACUCGCACGUUUCAUAUCUUUCUUUCCCACCACGCUUAUAGGAGUGGAGAUCUGGGUGCCUUUGUGUCGAUCCUUGAUGACAUGGAGAACAUAUUUAUAGUUCCCCCGCGUGGAAUGAUUUAUUUGCUCUUAUUCGAUGGGUUCGCUCAUUAUGGUCGACGGGGGAAGGGUUGGACGGCGGAUAAAUUGUGGAUGGCAUGGAAAGCUUAUCUCCGAGCUCUUUAUGAAUCCAAAACUAGGCUUAACAACCGAGCUUUUGCUCAACCGGAAGAUUUUGUUUGGGAAAAUCCUCUGAGAGGUGACGUUCCCUCGACACCAAGGCCUCUGGCAACGGGUGCAUCAAGUGGCCUUUAUACUCCCCUGCCGUCCACUACUGACGUGAAGGAUGGGUCUAACGGAAAUAAAAGCCAAGAGCACAACCGACCCCAUGACGACCAGACGGUAAUUGAAGCAGAACAUGCUAUGCUAGGCCUUGAUGGCAGCAUUGAUAUAAAUGAGAUCUUUAGUCAGGGAGCGCGGCAUCAUUCAGACGAAGAAGGUGGAUUGGAGACCCUGGAGCGUCGAAUUGACAAUGGUGUAUUUUUAGGCCGGAGGAUGAUCAUUAUAAUCCUGCGGGCAUUUGGGACGUGCUGCGGGCCUGAAGAUGUGAUGGAAGUUUGGCUUCGCCUGGAGAGCAUCUGGCAACCCGAAAAGCGCAAAGGGCUGGAUGUUUUGGCGGUCCAUGAAGAGCUGGAGAAGCAGAUGAACCGGCCUCCAAAAUCACAUUGAUUCUUGAACGAAAUAGUGUUCGUUCAUUUGUACAUUAGAAACCUGUUAUAUAUACCCUCAGGUGGAAAUCCUAUGCCGGCCUCGAUUUAGUCGCCUUUUGUAUAUUGAUUCAAUCUCGCGAGGCAAUGCUCGGUUAGUGUUUUGUUAGCGAUAAUAAUAGAUUUUUUGAGCAUGGAAGAC